UUAAAAGAAAACAUCAUAGAAAAUAUCUUGUUUUGGUUUAAAUGUCCCAAAUUAUAACAUAAGUGGGUCUUUGUAUAAUUAUUUACAAAAAGAGGUUAUUUUUUGAAUUUUUAAGAAUUAAGUUGUGUCAAAUUUGGACAACAACGAAAGUUAGUGUAUUAAAAUGUAAAAUCCUAACUUCGCGUCAAAUAUGGAUUUUUUGCAAUGUUUGUGUAUUUUCACGCAAUUAUCCCUAUAAUAAAAUAAAUAGUCUAGAAAAAACAAACGCCAUAUAGCCAAAACAUAUUUUGGCCAAGAAAUUAAUGUUGUCUUCUCUUUUGAUAUUUUCAAGCUUGUCUCAAUUCUUUCAAAAAAAUAAAAAAAUCUUGACUGGAUAUGUUGCAGUAGUAGUGGUGACUGGUGUGCAACACCCAAAAAUGAUGCAAUCUCAACAACGGCAUCUCCUCCGCCUCUCCUCCGCCAACUUUCUCUUUCCCUCACCUCCACCACCGUUUACCCACCACCUCUAUUUUCCCGGCAGACCUACCAACCCUUAUCCUCUCUGCUCUGCCCACAACGCAUGGGUUGCCCAACUCAUCUCCUCCCAGCCACCGCCGGAGCUCCCCAUCCAACUCCCUCCCUCCGUUUCUUCUCUUCUCUCCGCCUCCAAUGACUCGUCUUUCCAAACCGCCGCCAGUUUUCUCAUCACCGGAGCUUUCACUCUCUUUCUCUUCCGCACUCUCCGCCGCGGCGCCAAGCGCGCCAAAGAAAGAAGAUUGAGAUCGUCAGCGUUAGAGACAUCGGCACUGAAAGUGAAAGGCAAGAAGAGGAAGCGGCCGCCAUCGGCAGAUGAGACGCUUCUUGGCGCCUUAAUAGCCGCUGCAUUUGGAAUAUUACUUUACAAAUUCACCACCUCCGUUGAGUACACUCUCAACAACCAACCCCUCUCCCCCAAUUACUCGGUGCGGCAGAUCACCAUUACCAUUAGGACAAUAAUAAACGGAAUGUGCUACCUGGCUACGUUUGUUUUCGGGUUCAACUCUCUGGGGUUGUUCCUCUACUCAGGCCAGCUGGCCAUGAACUCAUUCGUUCGUGUGAGUGAGGACAAUGCACAUUUGAACUCCAAGGUGGAGUCGACUGAGGAUCAAAGUUCAGACAACACACUACAAAAGUGAUGGAUUAAAGGAGGAGCUCCUGCUUCUCUGUUGUAUAUAUUGUAUACUUAAAUAUACCAAAACUUAAUUACCACUCAGCAUCUACUAGAUACAUAAAAAGUAAAUUCAAUUCAUGAGUUUUGACAGCGUUAAGUGUCUCUGUUCUUGGUUUUCCUCGCAUUUUUGUUGUGGAUGUUGUGUUGAGGUUCGUGUAUUUGAUGAAAGAGAUUGAACUCGAUUUAAUUCCUGAGUU